ACACGUGUAUGAUUAAAUCGGGGAAUUCGCACUCCACAGCCAUUGCCAAAGCUCCACUCUUCGAUCUCUCUUCUUCUUCUUCUUCUUCUUCUUCUUCUUCUUCACUCUUCGAAGCUCAGUCCCUCAGCAUCAAAUGUCCUAGCACAAAGAUUCGCCCGAAUUUCUCGCAUCUAGUCCUGUUGGUCCCUUUUCUUAUUCUCCCAAAGUAUUUGCACCAAACUAAGGAGAAUAACACAGUUCUUCUUCUCUUUCUUCAAUCCAGCAAACUCUGUGCUAAGAGCUUUUUCCUAGGGCAUUGAGUUGUUCUUUUCCUUUGUUUUUAUUUCAUUGGAAUGGCAUUUUCGUAAAUAAUGGUGGCGAGUUCCGGACGCUUAUCGGCUCAGUUCAAUUUCAAGCUCGGGCCAGGACGGCGAUUCGUCCGAGAUGUUUUUCCUAAGACGCGUGGCCUUGGACUAGAGUUGGGGAAGCGGUGGAGCAGAAAGGUGCGUGACCGAGUCGGACAGCUGGGUCGAGUCAGCUGCUGCGGCUCCGACCCGGUGGUCUCGAUCCGGAGAGCGACCGGGUCGGCAAAGCGCAUGGAGAAGACAGAAAAAUGGCUGUUCGACCCCAAGAAAACCCCCCACAAAGUCCGUACCCAAGUCUCCCAUGCGGUGCCCUUCGAUUCUUCUCAAUGGCGCUCUGUUUCAAAACAAGAAAUACAAUUCUACCCUCGCUGUACCCUGGGGAAUACAGGUCCACAAUCCCGUGACACUCCUCCAAAAAGAGACACUGGUAUUGCAAAUGAGAAGGACUGGGGCAUUAGCUUGCUGAAUGAGAAUGUUAACGAGUACGGCACCAAUGAAGAUGGAAGUAUUUGGUAUCAAGAAAGCGGGGAAGAUUUGGGUGAAAAUGGAUACAGAUCUAGGCGGACAAGGAUGGGUGGUCAGUCACACGAUGGUUCCUCAGAAUGGAAAGAAACGUGGUGGGAGAAAAGUGACUGGAGUGGAUACAAAGAGCUAGGUGUGGAAAAAUCUGGUAGAAAUGCCGAAGGGGAUUCAUGGUGGGAAACAUGGCAGGAAAAUCUUCGUCAAGAUGAAUGGAGUAAUUUAGCAAGGAUAGAGAGGAGUGCGCAGAAACAAGCAAAAUCUGGCACUGAGAAUGCUGGAUGGUUUGAAAAGUGGUGGGAGAAAUACGAUGCUAAAGGCUGGACUGAGAAAGGGGCACAUAAAUAUGGUAGACUGAAAGAACAGUCAUGGUGGGAGAAGUGGGGAGAGCAUUAUGACGGAAGAGGAUCUGUUCUCAAAUGGACAGAUAAAUGGGCUGAGACUGAACUUGGAACCAAAUGGGGAGACAAAUGGGAAGAGAAGUUCUUCGCUGGAAUAGGUUCCAGGCAAGGGGAGACAUGGCAUGUAUCUCCCAUUGGUGAACGUUGGUCAAGAACAUGGGGGGAAGAACACUUCGGAAAUGGUAAAGUGCAUAAAUAUGGGAAGAGCACAACAGGUGAAAGCUGGGAUAUUGUUGUGGACGAGGAAACCUAUUAUGAGGCUGAACCUCAUUACGGUUGGGCGGACGUUGUGGGUGACUCGAGUCAGUUACUUUCAAUUCAACCUCGGGAGCGGCCACCGGGUUUCUACCCAAAUCUAGAGUUUGGGACAUCUCCACCACGGCCUCCAGCCAAUUACUCGCCAGAAGAGUUGCCUCCUUCCUAAGUUUCAAAUCUAAUUAUAUCAAUGAAACUCUUUCAAUUAAUUCA